GCCGCCUCCCGCGGCGCCCGGGACGGCGGGGACUCUGGGCAGCCGGACGGACGGACGCGCGGGCGCCGGUCAGAGCGCGGGCCGUGCGGGCCGAGGGAUCCGGAGCGCUCGGUUCCCCCCCCCACCGGGCCGGCGCGGGGGCAGGUGGGGGCGCAGGCCCGGGGGAUGCUGGGCUCGGUGAAGAUGGAGGCCCACGACCUGGCGGAGUGGAGCUACUACCCGGAGGCGGGCGAGGUUUACUCUCCGGUGACCCCGGUGCCCACCAUGGCCCCCCUCAACUCCUACAUGACCCUGAACCCUCUGAGCUCUCCCUAUUCCCCCGGGGGGCUCCCCGCCUCGCCCCUGCCCUCAGGACCCCUGGCGCCCCCGGCCCCCGCCGCGCCCCUGGGCCCCGCCUUCCCCGGCCUGGGCGCCGGCACCAGCGGAGGCGGCGGUGGCGGCGGCGGCUCCGGGUACGGGGGCCCGGGCCCCGGGCUGGCGCACGGGAAGGAGGUGCCCAAAGGGUACCGGCGGUCCCUGGCGCACGCCAAGCCGCCCUACUCCUACAUCUCGCUCAUCACCAUGGCCAUCCAGCAGGCGCCGGGCAAGAUGCUGACGCUGAGCGAGAUCUACCAGUGGAUCAUGGACCUGUUCCCCUACUACCGGGAGAACCAGCAGCGCUGGCAGAACUCCAUCCGCCACUCGCUCUCCUUCAACGACUGCUUCGUCAAGGUGGCGCGCUCCCCGGACAAGCCGGGCAAGGGCUCCUACUGGGCCCUGCACCCCAGCUCGGGCAACAUGUUCGAGAACGGCUGCUACCUGCGCCGCCAGAAGCGCUUCAAGCUGGAGGAGAAGGCCAAGAAAGGGGGCGGCGGCGGGGCCUCGGCCGCCGCCAGGAACAGCGCGGGGGCCGCCACGUCGUCCGCGGCCGCCCCCACGGCGGCGGCGGCGGCGGCGGCGGCGGCGGCGGCGGCCGCCACGGUGGCCUCUCCGCCCCAGCCCGCGCCGCCGCCCCCGGAGCCCGAGGCCCAGGGCCGGGGCGAGGAUGUGGGGGCUCUGGACUGCGGCUCGCCCCCUCCCUCCGCCCCCUACUUCACGGGCCUGGAGCUGCCGGGGGAGCUGAAGCUGGACGCGCCCUACAACUUCAACCACCCCUUCUCCAUCAACAACCUCAUGUCGGAGCAGACGCCCGCGCCACCCAAGCUGGACGUGGGGUUCGGGGGCUACGGGGCCGAGGCCGGGGAGCCGGGCGUCUACUACCAGGGCCUCUAUUCGCGCUCCCUGCUCAACGCCUCCUAGCGGGGCGCGUCCGGCCCGGUCCUCCCGGGACCCCCCUGGGCCCGUCCCCGCCAGUUAACGCCUCGGCCUGUGACCCGCUGCGGUGACCUGGGCAUCACGUCCAGCCACCAGGCGCUGCGAUCGCUGCCUCUGAUGUCUCGGGGGGCCGUGCGGGGCCGUGGGGAAGACCCCCACGGGACUGACCUUGUUGGUGGAGCCAUUGGGGGUCACUCCGAUGGCCGCAGUGGGGGUGACCUCGUGGUGGGCCCUUUGGAAGCGGAUGGACAUCCCCGUGGCUGACCGGGGUGUGUGUGUGUGUGUGUGUGUGUGUGUGUGUGUGUGACGGCGAUGCCAUCUCCAUGGCAUCUUCUUGGGCCGGUUGGGGGUUGUGGUCACGUCUUUUUGGGGGGCUUCCUGCCACGUUGGCCACCACCCCACAGGACACCCGCCUGGGUCCGUAUGGCGCCCUGAUGGCCGCCAUAUUGGCUGGCUGACACAUCCAUGGACCAGCCCCUGUGUGGGCCUUGCCACUGCCUCUUUGGGGUGCGGGUGGAGUGUGGGGUGGAGAUGGGAGCAUCUCGUCUCCGGUGGUUUGCUCCGAACCCUCUGGCUCCAGGGAGAGCGGGAAGGCCGCCCAGGGGGUGGGGAGUUCCUACUGAGUCUGGUUCUUGCCUGGGACGUGGGACACUGCAGUGUGUGAACAUUAAAAGGCACCAUUUCUGCCUCUUC